AUGACAUCCAACCCAAUUUCCACCUGCUGCAUCAGCGGCUUCAAGCACGAAGGCACGCCUAGCGGCCGUCUUGAACCUUGGAUCGAAACACAGAACGGCCCCGUUGAAGCCUAUAUCAGCAAGCCACCUGCGAACAAAGACCUUAAACAUGGCCUGCUCUUCAUCCCCGACGUAAUUGGCCCCACUUCCCUCAACGCCCAGCUGCUAGCCGACACCUUCGCCUCACAAGGCUACACGGUCGUGAUUCCCGACCUCUUCCACGGCGACGCCAUCGCGAUGAACAACUUCGCCAACACCGACCUACCCAAAUGGCUGCAGGGCCACUACCACCCCUCGCACCUGCCACACACGCCCGAAACCGUCGACCCCAUUGUCGCCGGCUCCAUCGCCAAGAUGCGUGGCGCUGAUACAGGCCUCACGAAGCUGGGCGGGCUAGGCUACUGCUUUGGCGCGAAGUACGCCGUGCGCUUCCUGCGUGGAGACAAAUCGGACACGCGUCCGCAGGGCGAAAGUACCACUGCCCACCUCGACGCCGCCUUCAUCGCCCACCCUUCCUUCGUCGAAGAAUCCGAGCUCUCCCUUGUCGCCGCGCCCCUCAGCAUCGCGGCUGCGGAGACGGACGCCAUCUUCACGGCCGCGCACCGCCGGCGCUCUGAGGAGAUUCUGGCGCAAAGGGGGAUCGAAGAGGGGGUGGCGUGGCAGAUUAACUUGUAUGGUGGAGUCAGUCAUGGGUUUGCAGUUCGAGGGGAUAGGGAGGAUAGGAGGCAGAGGUGGGCGAUGGAGGGGGCGGCGAGGCAGGCGGGGGAGUGGUUUGAGGUUUGGUUGAGGUGA